AUGAACCUCGCGCCUGGAGGUGCCAACGGCGCACCGAAGAGCCCAGGUAGCAGCGCUCCACCGAGCCGAAACACGAGCGUCAAAAGCUCGUCUAGAGCUGCUCAUACCGCUUCCAAAGAUGCUGCGGCUGCCAAUCAAGCUGGACCAGGUGCUGCUCCACCGACGCCCGGAGCGCCGGGCGGCUCGCGCUUGACAGCCGCCGCGCUGCGGGAUUGGGAAGCGAAAGAUACGGGAAAGUCGAAGAAGCAGUCCAAGCCGGACGACGCAAAGUCGUCGGCGUCAUCGACUUUGAGGGACGUCAUUCUGGGCGGCGCGCCCCUGCUCUCGCGCAGAGGUAGCAAUACCAGCGCUGGUGGAAGAAGCGAAGGAGGGAGCAAAAAGGGGAGCGAGAGCGGAAAGGAGACGACUAGCUUGCUCAAAAAGUAUGGCGUGUGCGAAAAGGCGGCCAUUGGAAAGGGCGCUACUGCCGUCGUGCGACUGGCCCACAAGUGGGACAGGUCGACGGAAAAGCUGUAUGCAGUCAAGGAAUUUAGGAAACGCCGCAAGAACGAGACGGAAAAGGAAUACGUCAAGAAGUUGACCUCUGAAUUUUGCAUCAGCUCCACCUUGCAUCACAUCAACAUUGUCGAGACGGUCGAUCUGGUGCAAGACGAGAAUCGACACUGGUGCGAGGUGAUGGAGUACUGUCCGGGUGGUGACUUGUACGCAGCGAUCAAGCGAGGAGGCAUGAGCCAAACAGAAGUAGAGUGCUGCUUCAAGCAGAUUAUCCACGGCAUUGCCUAUCUGCACAGCAUGGGUGUUGCGCACCGCGACAUCAAGCCGGAGAACUUGUUGUUGGAUGCCAGCGGCCACGUCAAGAUUACCGACUUCGGCGUGUCGGACGUGUUCAGAAUGUGUUGGGAGAAGAGCACGCACUACUCCAAAGGAUUGUGCGGAUCGGAACCUUACAUCGCGCCGGAGCAAUUCGAGCACAAGGAGUACGAUGCCAGGUUGGUGGAUGUUUGGGCAGCAGCCGUCGUCUUCUACUGCAUGCAAUUCCAAGAGUUGCCGUGGAGGGUGGCGAAAAUGUCCGACCCGACCUUUAAGGAUUUCGUGCACGGAUACCACGGCUCUUCGGCACCUGCGCCGCUCUCCAACUUGUCCCCGAGGGAGUGCAGACCUCUGCUCAAGAAGAUGCUUUGUCCUGAUCCGAAGGGACGUCUGUUCACGGAAGACAUCCUCAAGGACCCUUGGUUCGUCUCUGUGCAGCUCUGCGAAAACGGCACGGCUGCGGAUGGACACAAGCACACCAUUCCUGCCGCUGGUCAACGCGAAAGAGAUUCUUAG